AUGGAAAUUACAGAGAAUAAUUUACUAAGAUUAUUAAAAUAUGAAAAUAUAGAAACAUCAUUCAUAUUAGAAAAAAUUUCAAAUCUUCUAAAAAUACAAUUUUUUAGAGAUGGAAAUGUGUAUACACUUGGUAGUAAAUAUUUUGUACUAGAUAUAAAUGAAAAAUUGACAAUAUCGUAUGUCGAUGAAACUAUGGGUGAUUGUUUUAAAUAUGUUGAGUACUAUUUAUCUUUUUUUUACGAAGAAAAGAACUUUUUUGAGUUUUUUUGUUUUUUAAAAUAUUAUUUACAUUAUCUUGAUGUUUUCUUAAGUGCAAAAAGCUUGUCGGUCGAAACUAAAAUUUAUAAGGAAGAGCAAUGCACUCUGGCAAAUUUUUGUCCUUGCAUUAGAAAUUUUAAAUAUUGCAAUAUUUAUUUUUAUUCUCCGAAAAAAGAUAAAUAUUUUUUCAAUGUUUUUACGCACAGAUAUGAGUAUCAUUAUUUUAGUAAUAUUUUUGUUACCAUGCCAAUGACAUUGCACAACAAGAUUGAUACAAAAGAUAGUAUUCUUAAUUUAGCUGAGUGUUAUCCAUCUUAUUUUUUUACUUCAGAAGUUUUAAAUUAUUUUUUUCAAAAUAUUUCUGUAAAUUUAUGCUAUAAAAAUAUUAUUUUAGAUUUAAAUAUUUUUGUUGAUAAAAAUGGUAAAAUUUUUAUAAAUGAGAAAUACGAUAAAAAAUUAUCUUUUUUGUUUAAAAAUGGAUUAAGUUUACAAGGUAGUAUCGAGUGUUUACAAAACUUAAGUUAA